AUGGCAAGGGAGCGAGAUGAGUGCAAGGGGGGGUUCCACCGUGGCAAGUUCCAUGUCAUUGGUGGGUACCCCACAGAGAUGCAAGGUCGCUUUGAAAGAAGUGCCGAAGCUUUUGAUGUUGCCACAUGGCAGUGGGACCAAGUCCAAGAUAACUUCUUGGAAACUGCCACGUGUCCAAUGACUUGCGCGGACGGUGGAGAUGCAAGACUCUUCAUGUGCCGGGCUGGUGAUGUGUCGGUCCUACAGAGUUCCACAGGGCAAGUUGUAGCUGAACUUCCAACUGAGGUACAACAUACUGCCUUCGUGACAACAUGGCAGGACAAGUUGUUAGUGAUUGGCUGUACAAGAUUCGACGAGUCCCACAGAGUCUACGUAAUGGGUUUGAAAAAUCAUAAGUGGACAAAACUGGAGGCACUGGAGGAGUACUCUGGCCAUGUUCAAUCAG